AUGCGAUUUCCAAAGCCGUUUGUGCAGCGCACUGAAUCAGAUGCAGAUGGUUUUACUGUGUACAGGAGAAUGGAAGAUGGCAGAACAGUUAUGAAGAAGAAGACUACUCUUGACAAUGGGUUUAUAGUCCCGUACAAUCGUAUAUUGUUGAGUAAAUACCGAUCUCAUAUUAAUAUCGAGUUAUGCAACCAGAACAAGUCAAUCAAAUACAUGUUCAAAUACGUAAACAAGGGGCAUGACCGAGUUAUGGCGACAUUUUAUGAAACACGCAAUACAGAUGGCGGUGCUGAGAUUCGUGAUGAGAUAAAGAUGUACUACGACUGCAGAUAUCUUUCGGCAGGUGAGGCAAUGUCGAGGUUGUUUAAUUUUGAUAUUCAUUACAGAAACCCGUUAGUAAUUAGGCUAAGCUUUCAUCUCCCCGAUCAUCAGCCGUUUGUCUUCAAUGAAAACCAGUCAUUACAAAGUGUGCUGGAUAGGACACCUGCUCAGCAAACUAUGUUCCUAUCGUGGUUUUGUUGGGUUGACAAACUCUUUGGUGGUAAGGUGGUUGUUCUUGGAGGAGAUUUUAGGCAGAUUUUACCAGUUGUGCUCAAAGCAUCAAGGCAGGACAUAGUAUAUGCUACGAUAAACUCCUCUCCGCUGUGGAAUUUAUGUUGUGUCAUGAAGUUGAAUAAGAACAUGAGAUUGCAGUCAUGCUCUUCACCAUCUAACGUGGAUGAGAUAAAAGAAUUUGGAGACUGGAUACUGAAGGAUGGUAAUGAGGAUGAUGGGAAACAAAACGAUGGUGAAGCUUCGAUAGAGAUUUCCGAUGACAUGUUGAUUGGUGAUUCAGAAGAUCCAUUCAGAGACCUACUGGAAUUCAUUUACCCGGAUCUGUUGAGUAACAUGUAUGAUCCAGAUUAUUUUCAAGGGAGAGCAAUUCUUGCACCAACUAAUGAAUGCGUCGAGUCUGUGAACGAUCACUUAAUGUCUCUCAUUCCAAGAGAGGAGAAGGUGUACCUGAGCUCAGAUAGUAUGUGUAGGGACGAGCAAACAAUGGAGGAUAAUGCAGGAAUUUAUUCGACUGAAUUCCUCAACACAAUAAGAUGCUCCGGACUUCGUUCUCAUGCGUUGAAGUUCAAGGUUGGUGCACCCGUUAUGCUAAUAAAAAACAUCGAUCAAGCUAGAGGAUUGUGUAACGGGACCAGAAUUCAAAUUGGCAUUCACGUUCUGAGUUGCAAAAUUAUUUUCGAAAAAAAUAUCGGUGACAUGGUGUUCAUUCCUCAGAUGACUUUAAUACCAUCUAACUCCGGAUUAUCAGUUAAAUUUCAGAGAAGACAGUUUACAUUGAUUGUUUCUUUUGCAAUGACAAUCAAUAAAAGUCAAGGUCAAACUCUUUCGCAUGUUGGUUUGUAUCUUCCUAGGCAUGUCUUCAGCCAUGAUCAACUAUAUGUUGCACUAUCCAGCGUUACGAGCAGAGGUGGCAUUAAGAUAUUCAUCAAGUUGGAUUCGGGUGAACUCACCAAUGUUACUAGAAAUGUCGUGUACAAGGAAGUACUUCAUCGAAUUUGA